CCGACAAACUCAAAUUGUUUAGACUGUUGAAGUUUUGGAUGAAAUAUCACAAUAAUUUAUAUUUCUACUGUCAUGGCGAGUUUUGAAGAUCAGAAAAAAGAACCAGAUUCUGGUUUCUCAUUAGUGCAGAGGAAAAAUAUGAGACGAGGCAAUAAACCACAACAACAAAUAUAUAGACCAGGUAGUGGACCUUUAAGAAAGUCAAAUACAGGAAUUGAAGAAUCAGAGUCAGACACCAACAUUGUAAUUAAUUCAAGACAGAAUCAAUCAAAACAUCUACUAGUUAAUGAUGAUAUGAGACAUAAGAGCGAAGGUAGUUCACCUAGAGAUAAAGUUGCUGAUAUAGAUACAACCGCACGUGUAGGCGAUAUAUCCGUAAGUCCGGACGCAUCAAAGAGGCAAAAGAAACCCGAACAAAUGCAUUAUGUGCCAAGACCGCUAGUGCACGCUAGGGAGUUGAGUGCAUCUCAAGAUUUUACUCGUAGUAACCCACCAACGAAUGGAAAUGAAAAGAGUUAUGAAAGUGACAGAUAUGGAAACAGCAAGAGUAAGCGAUAUUUUGAGAGGAAACGAGCAGAUGAUAAUGAUUUUCAGAAUGAAUGGAGAGAAACCUCCCCUUCUGUGUACAGACCGAGGCAGGGUUCGGAGCCUAGGGCCAUUAACAACGGUCCAGGUUCAGGCUCAAACUGGUACCGGACAAGAGACCGCGACACCAGAAGUGUCGAGCCAGGAGCUUCAAAUCGUAAUUACACCGGCGAAAAAAUACAAUCAAAGCCACCUAGCGGUCGCCGACACAGCACGAUAGGCCUUGAGCCAGAGAAACGCCACAAGCUCAACAUAGACAAUUUACCACCGAGAUUGCGUAAAAAAUUCCUAGGAGAAACCGCCACCACGCCCGAGGAAAAUUGGGACGGCAGUAGCCUAACUUUCCAGGGCCACAGCAGCCAUUCGAGCAACGUGAAUAAUCCCAGUUUUCACCAGAUGGGUGCGACCUACAACACCCUUCCGGCUAACCAACAUUUGCAUAACCAGAUCAUGAGCAAUUCGGGAUACCACACGCUCCCGAACAGGCCGAGAGGCCGAGGCCGUUUGCAACACGAAUACGAGAAUCCUCCCGGACAAAUGUAUAGGUCUAUGACUCCGGACAGGAUCAGGAGCCCCUGUAAUUCUCGCCCGCCCACGCCGCCUUUAAGCGGAAAUAGAAGGCCCGACAGCAGGCCGCACACUCCCGUCAGCGACUAUCAAGAAAAUAGAAGUUAUCAGGACAGAUACAACAAAAACGUACAAGAGGAUAGGUCGAAGAAUUUAUCAGAUCAGUUGAAUAUCAAAAGGCAGAACGAAUCGAGAGCCGGCCCAAAGGGCAGGGAAUACGACAGUCGCAGGCACGUCGAUUUUAAUAGAGACGGAGGAAAUUAUCGAGGAGACAACAGACGGGGCGAAGAUAACUACAAUAAAGGCAGAGGUAGGAUGCAGGAUAAUUACAAACGGGACAAGGAAACUCCUAAUAGAGAAACGCCUAAUAGAGACAACAGAAGACAUAGAGACACUCCGAAUAGAGAGAACAGAAGAGACGGAGGCGUUUCGAAUAAAGACAGGAGAAGGGACAACAGAAGAGACAGACGGAGCAGGAGCAGGGAUUAUAACAGCACUCCGUCGAAUGUUACUACAACGACUAGCACGGAAGAGAAUUGGUUUCCUGAUGAGGAGAAUAACGAUAGAAACGGAGUAACGCACGCUAAGGGCAGGUUGCAUCCAAGCCUAGAGGCGCAGUUGUCCCCAGUGUCCCCCGACACUCCUGAAGAAGCUUCCGCACCCAUUAGCCUUCAGAUCAUCAGUACGAUGCUGGAUUGGAGCGAAGAAGUGGAACUGAACGAUAAGUUAGAAGCGGAAGCGCUGAGUGACGCCUUGACAAGAAGUUCAUCCAUUACAAGUUUGCAUGAAGUUAGCACCAAAUCGCUCCAGUUACCAAUAAAUUCUACACCGCCGACUUCUAAGAAAUCAAAAAAGAAAAGCAGGAGAAGAAGUAAACACAGGAGUGGGGAACGCAGCAGCUCUCGCACCAGAAACCGAGGCCGGCAGAAUUCCACCACGAGCGUCGACAAUUUCAAGGUCCCCCAGGACGGCUACCCCAGAAGGAGAUCCUCCAAAGACAGGAGAGAGAGGAGUUACGAACGCUUCCACGGCGGCUCAAGAAACCCCAGCCGAGAAGGUAGCUGGGACAGGACCCGCGGUAGUUCAAACGGCCCGGAGAACUGGAGAGAGGAAAUGGUCAGGAGCAGGCAGAAUUCGGAGAGGAGCGACUGCAUCUUGGAAGACGGGGAGUCGGGCACGAAGAAACCCGGCAUCAUAGUCCUUCCCAACCAGAAAUCGGAGCAGGCGCACCCGCCUUCCCUGAGCAACUCCGAUCACCCCCGAUAUUUGGACACGAGGAAGUCCCCUUGCCAGCAGAAGAGCCUGUUCGACCCGAACAAUCCGAGCAAACCGAUAAUCGUGAAGCCGACGGGUUCUAGGGUGGCCGUGCCGGGAUUCUCCGAUAACGCCGAAGAGACACCUCCCGAGAUUCAAACGACGGACCAGUACAGCAACGUCCGCCCGACCUGGUACGACGAGAAUAUGGAGAGCUUCACUUCCAGUUACUUCCCCGAAUUGCUACGCGACGUCAAGAAAGCUGACACCGAACUCCAGUACAUCAUCAACAGCGGGCUGUUGCUCGUCAAGUGGGACGUCGUCGACAACCUACGACAGUUCCUGAAGGAGGCGCUGCAAUACCUGCUGGGGAAAGCCAUCAAGUUCUGCCAGAUGGAGAACAUCGAGCAGCACUUCUGGAAGAUCCUCUACCACAACAUCAUCGAGGUCACGCGGAACGCCAUCAACAACGACGUCGCCAACAAGGAGAACUACAAGGCCUUCCUCCUCUACCUCAUAGACGAGGGCACCAAGUACUUCGAGAGCCUGCUGGUCCUGCUCGAGUCCGCCUACGGUUUCAAGGUGGGUGACUACCUGGGUCCCAACAGCCUGGUGUCCCACAAGGGGCUGGGCCUGACCGGUAUGGCGCUGGUCUCGGCGCAGAAGAUCUUUCUCUUCCUGGGGGAUCUAGGGAGGUACCGGGAGCAGGUCAACGAGACGUCCAAUUACGGGAAGUGUAGGCAGUGGUACAUCAAGUCCCAUGAAAUAAAUCCUAAGAACGGGAAGCCUUAUAACCAGCUCGCUAUUUUAGCUGUUUACGCCCGGAGGAAACUAGACGCGGUCUAUUACUACAUGAGAAGUUUGAUGUCGUCAAAUCCAGUCCCUACUGCUAGGCAGAACCUCAUAUCACUGUUCGACGAGAAUAGGAAGAAGUACGAGCAGGGCGAGAAAAAGCGCCGCGAGGAAAGGCUCGAGCGGCAGCGGCAGCAGAUGAAACAAAAGGAGUCUGAAGACUCCGGAAAUAUCCCCGGUUCCCUUCGUAAAGAAACUUGGAUCCAUCCCGAGGGAGGAAGGAGGGUGCACAGGACGACUCAAGCCAUGCAGGAGCAGAAGGAUUCGGAGGAAGAAGAUCUGGCUUCGUUGAGCAGCGUCGAGGUCAAUAAGAGAUUUGUAAUAAGCUACCUUCACGUCCAUGGAAAACUUAUAACAAAAAUUGGUAUGGAGAGCUUUCAAGAGACGGCGAUGCAGAUGCUGAGAGAGUUCCGCGCCCUGCUGCAGCACUCGCCUGUUCCGUUGCCCUGUAAUAGAUUCCUGCAAUUACUGGCCUUGAACAUGUUCGCGAUCGAGAGCACUCAGCUGAAGGAUCCCCAGCUGCAGAUGCAACCUGGCUACAGAUCGGAAUUACAAGAGAGAGCGCUGGUGGUGUCAUUGCAAAUGUUCAACCUCAUCUUGGAACGGUGCGUUUCGAUCCUGCAAGACCACGUGUCAUCCAACAAGGACAUUAGCAUCAACUCCCUGCCCCAGGACGCUAACGUCCUGCUUCCUGCCAUUAAGGUGUGGUGCGACUGGAUGCUCGGUCACACCAAAGUUUGGAACCCCCCACCAUCCACGCAAGACUUCAGAGUCGGGUCCCCGGGAGACGCCUGGAGCAGGCUGGCUACUCUCAUGAACCUGCUGGAGCAGAUGGACCAGAGCGCCACCAGCAGCUUCGCCAAGAGCCAGCAGGAAGGUUACGAAUCCAUCAGGCUGCCCGAGGACGGCGUCCUCAGCGGCUUCACACCCCUCAUGUACACCGUCCAAGAUCUCACUUACGCCCCCAAGGAGCUGGACACCGAACUGGCGUACUUCGCCCUCCGACUCAGCAAGCUCCUGUUCUUCGGCACCGUGUACCUCUGCGGCGUCGAUCCGCCCGUGCUCAAACUGGAGAUCGAGGACGACACCAGGGAGUACGUCUCGGUAGUGUCGACGUCGAGAAGCCGGGAUUCGCCCCCCUCCCCACACGAAUUGACCAACAACAAUGACAUAUUACUGGAGGAUUUCAGCGGCGAGGAAGACGAGGCGGAAGAGGAGAACGUCACGCAGGACGCCCCCACCGAAAUUAGGAGCCUGUUGACCAGGAAGGUGGAGCUGGAGAAGCGGAAGCGCAGCCAGGAACUUCACAUGCAGAGGGUGAAGAAAAUACUCAGCCAGUCGGUGGUCAGCGUCCACAUGGAGGUGCGGCCCAAGUACCUGGUACCCGACACCAAUUGCUUCAUCGACCAUCUGGACGGCAUCCGGACCAUAGCCCAGUCCCAUUGUUACACCCUUAUGGUCCCCAUUGUUGUUUUAAGCGAAUUGGAGGGCCUGUCGCGAGGAGGCAAGGCGCCGACUCCUGACUCCCGUAGUUUCCUGGACCCCCAGCAUGUGAAGAAGGUGGCGGAGUCCGCGAAAAACGCGCUGGACUUUCUACGGAACCGUCACGCCUCCGUCAAGUGCGUAACAACUAAAGGGGCCAUAAUCGCCUCGACCACCUUUUCCACGGAGGACGACGCAACUUGGGACAGCAGCCUUAGGAAUGACGACAAAAUUUUAACUACGUGCCUUGUCCUCUGUAAGAGCCACAAGGACAAAGACCAAGCUCAAGUUCCAGAAGGGGAACCUCGCCACCUAGUUCGCGAAGUGGUGCUGAUAACCGAAGACCGAAACCUAAGAGUUAAAGCUCACGCUAGGGAUGUUCCCGUGAGGGAGCUGCCCGACUUUAUGCGUUGGGCAGGACUGGGAUGAACCUAAUUACUAAUCAUUCAAUUGCCAAGCAAAUUCUCCCGCUAACACAAGUCCUGUGGUCUUUAAAUCUGGUUCCCGACGUGGCACGUACUGAGCAAAUGAGCGGAGAUUUUCAAAUUUGCAUCAUGUUUUGAUCGUCAUUAGUAAUUUAUUGAUUAGGAUUUUCUGACAUCACCAAGUAACUCACACUAUUUUUUUUUUACUUGAUCGGGUUGUGAUGACUGCAUUCCUCUACUCCCGGUUGACUUAAACUAACACUUAGCGCCAUCUGUGCCAUUUUUAUAUUGUGUUUAUUCAUUUUAUACAAGGUGUUUAUUUUUCUUUAAAAUUCGGUUCUAGUAAACAAGAACAACAAAAAAAGAACUAGUAAGUCAUUAUGUAGGCCAUGAUUUAGAAUAGUUUAUAAUGUACUUAUUUUUUAUUCAUAUUUUUGUGCCAUCUAUCAUUUUUGGCAACAUUUUAUUAUAUAGUUUUUAAAGUAUUCGACAAUUAUUAUUACUAUUAUUAUUGUAUUAGGAUUUAUAUACAUUUCAUCUAUAUAUAACGUGUUAUAGUUAAUUGCAAUGGUUUUG